CCCCAUCGCCGCCUGCGGAAGCCCACGCACGCAGCCGGCUGCGCCACGCCACCACACCACACGCACUCCCGGUACAAGACGACCGGGGAGCAAGCGGAUGGGCUCCGCAGUCCACACCACGCCGCACGGCAGGCCGAUGGAAUAGCACCGUACCGGUGGCGGCACGGGCGCGGCUUGCUUAUAACGCGCUGGGGGCAGAGGAGGGAAAGGACGGCGACGAUGAGGGGGUCCUUCGGCGCGCGGCGGAUGACCGCGCAGGAGGCGGCCGAGGCGGCCGUGGGCGCGGUCGGGUGCGGGUACGACCUCACGGGGGACCUCCGCCUGGGCCGCGCCAAGCCGGCGGGGAGGUUGGUGGAGAUCGACGCGGCGCCGGCGCCGGCGCGGGACCUGACCCUUCCUGGAGGGGCCGUCGUCUCCGGCGUGCCGGCCGGGAUCGUCGCCGACAAGGGCGAGCGCACGCGGUUCCGCUCCGACGUCCUCUCCUUCGCUCAGAUGGCGGAGCAGGUGAACCAGUCGCUGUCGCUGGCGGGGAAGAUCCCCUCGGGCGCCUUCAACGUCAUGUUCGACUACCGCGGGUGCUGGCACCGGGACGCCGCCGCCACGCGGAGCCUCUGCUUCGACGGCUGCUUCGUCGAGCUCUACAGCGUCGAGGCCGUGCGCGCGCAGCUCGCCCUGCGAGACAGCGUCAAGGAGGACCUGCCGCCCUUCUGGGAUCCCCCCGCGCUCGCCGAGUUCAUCGACAAGUACGGGACGCACGUCGUCGUCGGGGUGAAGAUGGGAGGCAAGGACGUGGUGUGCGUCAAGCAGCUUAAGGGCUCCAGCCUGACGCAGAGCGACGUGCAGGCCCGGCUCAAGAAGCUCGCCGACGGCAAGUUCUCGCAGGACGGCCCGGCCGGGAAUCCCACCGCCGCCGGAGACGACAGGCUUACGCACGGGCUAAACGGAAAUUUCGGCCCCGGAUCAGCGGCCUGGCAGUCUUUCAGAUCACCAGUCGUGUCUCACAAGGAUGACAUUGUCUGCAUCCACAUCAGGAGAGGUGGCGUCGACAGCGGGCAGGGCCACGGCAAGUGGCUCUCGACGAUCACCGGCUACCCGGACGUCAUCUCGAUGUCGUUCGUGCCCAUAACUUCCCUGCUGUCCGGCGUUCGAGGCUGCGGGUUCCUGAACCAUGCGGUGAAUCUCUACCUCAGAUACAAACCGCCCAUAGAAGAGCUUCAGCAGUUUCUGGAGUUCCAGGUGCCGCGGCACUGGGCUCCAGAGUUUGGUGAGCUUCCUCUUUGCCUCCACAGGAGGAAGAACAGCUUGCCGUCUCUUCAGUUCACCCUCAUGGGCCCUAAGCUUCAUGUCAAUACUGCCAAGGUUGAUUCCGGCAACCGUCCGGUGACCGGCAUCCGGCUGUUCUUGGAAGGCAAGAAGAACGACCGGCUGGGGGUCCACCUGCAGCACCUGUCGGUGACGCCGGGCACGAUCACGGUGGCCGGCGAGGCGGCGUCGGCCGAGGACGCGAUCGUGGACGAGCGCGACUACAUCGAGCCCGUGAUGUCGCCGCUGCUCUCGCACGUCUGCACGGCGCCGGUGCAGUACAACGGCGCGCGGAUCGACGACUGCGCGGCGAUCGUGACCAGGGCGUGGCUGGAGGUGCGGGACACCUGCUGCCUCAAGAAGGUGCUCUUCCUGCGGCUGGGCUUCUCCGGCGUCGCGGCCACGAAGAUCCGGCGGUCCGAGUGGGACGGGCCCUCCGUCGUGCCCCUCAAGUCCGGCUCGCUGUCGGCGAGGCUCAGUGCGGCGCUCUCCGGCGGCCUGGCGCAGGCGGUGCCGCCGCCGCCCGCCGCGGAGGAGAAGGUGGAGGUGAACUCCGCCAUAUUCCCCAAGGGACCGCCGGUGCCGCUCCCGGUGCAGAAGAUGGCGAGGCACGUGGACACCACGGAGGUGAUGAGGGGCCCCGACGACCAGCCGGGGUACUGGGUGGUCACCGGCGCGAAGCUGUGCGUCGAGGGCGGCAAGAUCGCGCUCAAGGUCAAGUACUCGCUGCUCAUCGCGGUGCAAGAGGACACCGACGUCUGAGCGCUUCGUUGUCGUCGUCGAUGCCUCAGCUUCUCCGUUUUUGUGUCUUGUUUUGACGUGGUGUACAGAGGGCACAGGGCAGUUCAGUCGUGCGCAUGGUGUAAAUAGUGCAGAGGGCGCAUGCUGCAUACUUCAGUGUCAGAGAUGUUGUUGUUGUUGUACAGAAUAUAGAGUGCCCAAUAGCGGCUGAUAUUUUGGUUUGCCGAUUCAGGUUUUGCAAAUCUAGGAACAGUUUAGAUAUGUAGAAAUUAUCUUAUUUGAGCAUUCAAUAUAAGAAAACGAGUGAUGCUAUUGCUCAGCAGAUUGGGAAAGAUAGUUCGAUCAGUCAGUCGAUGAUCACUGUCGUCGACCCCUCUACUUCUUUUUGUGUUUGAUUGUUUCGUUAGCCGUGGUGUACAGUUCAGUAGCGAGCAUGUUGUAAAUAGUGAAGAUUGUACAUUCUGAUGAUUCAGGAUAAAAAUAGUUCAUAAACCGAUUGAUUUUU